CAACUGCAGGCUGGAAAUCUCUGAAGCCUUCACAAUGCCAUACUUGGGGUCAGACGAUGCAGUGAAAGACCUGAAAAGGGCACUGUGUAAUCCUCACAUCCAGGCAGACAGGCUGCGGUACAGGAAUGUCAUCCACAAGGUGAUUCGACUUAUGACCCAGGGAGUGGAUGCAUCCAGUGUUUUCAUGGAGAUGGUUAAGGCGAGCGCCACUGUAGAUAUUGUACAGAAGAAGCUAGUUUAUUUAUAUAUGUGCACAUAUGCUCCUCAGAAACCUGAUCUGGCCCUCCUUGCUAUCAAUACUCUCUGUAAAGACUGUUCAGAUCCGAACCCUAUGGUGAGAGGGCUAGCCCUGCGCAGCAUGUGUAACCUCAGAAUGCCAGGCAUUCAGGAAUACAUACAGCAGCCUGUUCAGAAUGGUCUAAGAGACAAGGCCUCCUAUGUGAGAAGAGUAGCUGUGCUGGGAUGUGCUAAAAUGCAUAUUCAGCAAGGAGACUCAGAAGUUGAUGGAGCCAUUGUUAAUGAGCUGUACAGUUUGCUUCGAGAUCCGGAUCCAAUAGUUUUGGUGAACUGCCUGCGGGCUCUAGAAGAAAUUCUAAAGACAGAAAGUGGAGUUGCCAUUAACAAGCCUAUAGCUCAUCAUCUUCUCAAAAGGAUGGCUGAUUUGGAUCAUUGGGGACAGAGUGAGGUCCUGACAUUCCUCCUUCGAUACAAACCACGCAGUGAAGAAGAGAUUUUUGAUAUUCUGAACAUACUAGAUGGUUAUCUGAAGAGCACUCAUAUCAGUGUAGUCAUGGGAGCAACCAAACUCUUCUUGAUUUUAGUAAAGGAUUUUCCUCAUGUGCAGGCAGACAUUCUUGUGCGGCUGAAAGGUCCACUGCUAGCCGCUUGUACUUCUGAAAGCAGAGAGAUGUGUUUUGCUGCUUUGUGCCAUGUCCGAGAGAUUCUCCGCAGUUUGCCAGGGCAUUUUAGCAGCCAUUACAAAAAAUUCUUCUUCUCAUACAAUGACCCUCACUAUAUUAAGAACCAGAAGAUUGACAUCCUUUGUGAACUAGUUAAUGAUGAAAUUGUACACAAUAUACUUGAAGAACUCCGAAUAUGCUGCACAGAUGUAUCAAUACAGCUUGCCCACACUGCCAUCUUUGCAAUCGGUCGCAUUGCAAGAACAUACAGUGAGAAGUGUGUGAAAAUCUUGGCAGGCUUACUGGAGUUCAAGCAAGAACACAUUACUUCAGCUGUUAUACAGACAUUUCGGGACCUUGUUUGGCUGUGUCCUCAGUGUGUAAGUUCAGUAUGCCAAGCCCUCCCCGGCUGCGAAGGAAACAUUCAGGAUAAUGAGGGCAAGCAAGCCUUAAUAUGGCUUCUGGGGAUGCAUGGAGAGUUUAUAACCAAUGCACCAUACAUCUUGGAGGAAUAUGUUGAUAAUAUUAAGACAGAGACCUCGCCAACAGUAAAAAUGGAGCUCCUGACAUCUCUGGUGCGAUUGUUCCUCUGCCGGCCAGCUGAGUGCCAGGACAUUUUGGGACGUCUCAUCUAUUAUUGUAUAGAAGAGGAAACUAACAUGGCUGUCCGAGAUCGCGGUCUUUAUUACUACCGACUUUUGUCGUCUGGAGUGAUUGAAGUGAUGAAAGUUCUCAGCGGUCCAAAAUCAGACCCAUCAUUGGGCAUUUUGGUUGAUAGAACAGAGCAACCAAUUAACAGCUGGGUGAAAAAUUUCAACAACCUGACUCCUUUAUGUGACAAGAAGCAUCGGGAAAAACUUUUUGCCAGUCUCGCUAAAUGUGAACUGUCCUCUGUUGCAAAACAGCUUGUAGAGGAUCUGCAUUCACCUGAGAAUUCCAAAGUAGCCAAAGAACCUAUUGACCUAAUCACUUUAGUUAGUGACAUUACAAUAACUCCAGAGUUGUUUGAGAAAAAAUGGAUUUCUACAACUACAGAGCUAUGCUUGAAUAUUGAAUGGAAGCAGGAGGCAGAACCAGACCUUCUACAGACAUCUCUUCAUGUGCUGAAUAUUUAUACCAUAGCUAAGAGCAAAGCUGGCCCACAGCCCUGGAAAUCAUAUCUCUAUGCACAGGACAGUAAUGGAAAUAUGUUUCUUGUGGAAUUAUUACUCAGCACCAAUCCACCUUUCCUUAAAGCUGCAAUUAAACAGGAUACAGAUGAUAAAGAUACACUAACCAACUUUGUAAGACUUCUGAAAAGUGCAGUAUUAACAGUUCUGGAACUGACCGGGUAAUGAUUUUAAGACUUAUGAUGAUGGAAGG